AGGAUGAGGGUAAUAAUGAGGACAGAGGAAGAGAGUGAUACUGACAAGAAGCUAAAGCUUGCUUCUUUGGAUGAUGAUGCUGACUCUGAAGAGGUAUCAGAGGAGGAGGUAGAAGAAGAAGAAGAAGAUACCGAUGAGGACGAUGAAGGUAUCUAUGAAGACGAUGGACCAGAAAUUCCGGAAGAGAACAUACCGACUAUCCCAGAAGAAACUCCCAGACUUGCUAUCGUUAACAUGGAUUGGAAACAUGUCUCUGUAAGUGUUCUCCAUCCUUGAUGUAUUGUUUCGA